UUUAUAGUAAUAUAAAUUGAUUGAUUUUUUAAUCUUGAAAUCUUUCAAAAAGUUGAACACUCAAAUUUAGUUGAGCAAAAAUUUGCACAGUUUUCACACAAAAACUCAACAACCAUGGCGAUGAAACCUUCCUCCUCCACCACCACCUCCGUCCCUGAAAUUGCGUUGCCGGAAAUAUCUCCGGAAAUGGACUCAAAACACACUUCCGAGACGCUAUUGUUUUUCAAGCUUAUGGGUGUUGGCGCUCCCUUUCCUGAAAACUGCAACACCGAUGGUUUUCUCGACUCUUUCCUUCGGAAUUUCAUCAAAGUCGAUCUAAUCCAACCUGGUCGAAUCUCUUGUACUGUUGUCGCUAAACCACCUCUCUGUAAUGGCUAUGGAACACUGCAUGGAGGAGCGGUUGCGUCUUUGGUUGAGGUUCUGUCAACUGCUUGUGCUAGGACUGUAGUUGCGGAGGACAAACAACUUUUUCUUGGGGAAAUUAGCAUUUCUUACCUCUCUGCCACUCCUAUGGAUGAAGAAGUGGUAGCUAAUGCUUCUGUGGUGAAGAGUGGAAGAAAUUUGACUGUAGUUGCACUUGAAUUUAAACUGAAGAAAACUGGGAAUUUGCUUUAUCUUACUCAUGUUACCUUCUAUAAUAUGCCAGUUUCCAGCUUAUGAUCACUUAACUUUCUGGUGACUCUGCACUUCCAUUUAAUGUAGUGGAAAUAUCAUUGAUGCUUUAGUUCAUUCGAUAUUUUAGUUCAUCAUAUUAAUGUUUGUUUCUAAAAAUUCCUCGUGUUCCAUUCUCCAUCUAUGGCUAUAUUAUUAUUUGUAUUGUCUCUUUACUAAUAUUAAUGUUUACAAAGAUUCUCUA